GUUUCUUGUCCGGUAUGAUCGUUAGCUGUGUGCUAUAAUUUUGUUUGUUUUAAGUUUGUGCGGCUUUGUAAGGUUAUCGUUUUAAUUAAAAUGACCCUCUUGUGACACUAAACAAUGGUAGAAUGGAAAAGUUGGAAAAGUUCCACGUCAUUCAUUCGGCUAGAAGAUUACCAUGAAAGGUCAAACGAGAGACUGAGUGCUCGUCACGUACCUACUACGAGGAAGAAAAUUUAGUGGUGAUCCGCUUCUCUCCGUUAGUAAGGAGACAGAAACAACCGAUGAAGCUUUGAAUACACACAAAGCCCUGUUUCAUAAAUAGGGAAGGAAAAGUUAGAGAAUGAAGAUUAAGCUGGAGAAUCAUCAAAGCUGUUAAGUCCAGAAAAAAAGUUGUGUGGGUUAGAGAAUUAUAACAGGUUUCUUUUUUGUUGAGAAUGGGAUUGGCCUCCGCAUGAUUAUGAUUGUUAUAGCAGAAAGAAGCAUCCUACGCACAACACAGUAUCAGGGCAUUUGAGGGACCAGAUCCAUCCAUCCUCAAAGCAGUGAACACCUUUAUUUGGAAGUCUUCACAGCCAAAAAAAGCUUCACCGAAGAAAUUUCAUGGCCGUGAGUUGUUUAUUUUUACGGAAGUGAAACGUGGAUGACUAACACUGUUCAGAGAAAAGAGAACACAAGCUUUGAUAUGUCUUGCUAUGGGAGGAUGCCGAAGAUUUGAUGGGUAUAUCGUACAACUAAUGGUGAGACACUGAACUGGUGAGAUAACACAUUUAUGGCACAACAUAAAUAACGGAAGAGAUCUGUUUAUAGGACACAUCCUAAGGCAUGAAUGAAUCUACUGUUUCGUAAUUCAGGGAAGUGUGGGGUAAAUAUUGUAGAGAGAGGCCAAGGCUACAGUACAGUAAGCGGGUUCAAAUGGAUGUAGGCAGAGAUGAAGAGGCUUGCACCGGAUACACUAGUGUGGAGAGCUACACCAAACCAAGACUUCGGACUAAAGGCCACACAGGUUGAUCAAGCUGAAGGUGGGGAAUGCACAAAGUACAGCGAAUGCUGACGGAAAAACAUGAGCAACAGUGAAGAUGAGGACAUUCCCGACAGGGAAACUUGUCAAAAGCUUACAGAACAAUUUGCGGAAAUAACGGGAACAGACGUCGCAUGUGCGCAGUUUUAUUUACAGGACAGGAAAUGGGACCUACAGCGUUCGGUGAACGCCUUUUUCGAAUCUACACAGAAAGGUGGAAUUAAUUUUACUAAUGACGGUGACACUCCAGAAAUCGUCAUAAACGUCGACAAGAAAAUGGUUACAAACCUUGGUAUGAUGACAACAGAGCCCCCAUCAAAGUUCAAACUGUUUUCUUGGAAUAUUGAUGGACUGUCUGAGCAUAAUCUUAAAAUUAGAACCAAAGCUGUCUGCAAAACUAUCCAGUUUGAAAAACCAGACAUCAUAUUUUUGCAAGAGGUUAUUCCAGAAACAUUAAAUUACAUCAAAGACAAAUUGCCUGAAUAUGUGUGUAUUGCUGGCAAUACUGAAGGAUACUUCGUGGCUACCUUCUUGAGAAGGUUCACUGUGUACUAUGAUUCACAUAGGGUUGUUGAAUUUCCAAGUUCACUAAUGAUGAGGAACUACAUUGCUGCAGAGGCUCAUAUUGGACCCUUAAAUUUAUUGCUCAUUAACACUCACUUGGAGAGUACUGCAGACCAUGUAGCUGAAAGAAUAAAUCAGUUGAAGAGGAUAUUUCAGGAAAUGUUGACGUGUCCUGAAGAAAGGGUUGUUAUUUGUGGUGGAGAUUUGAAUUUGAGGGAAAAGGAUCUUACAGCAGCUGGAGGUCUGCCUCCUGGUGUCGAUGAUCUUUGGAUUUCUUGUGGAUCACGGAAGACUUGCCAGUAUACCUGGGACAUGUUGCGUAAUACAAAUGUUGAGUUUCCAGGGAAAUAUAAACCUCGUUUCCGUUUUGAUAGAUUGUACUUACGCAAUUCUCAUCAAAAAUCUGUUGUGCCACAGUUUUUUGGCCUUGUUGGUAUCGAAAAAGUAACUAGAACUCAGUCGUAUCCAAGUGAUCAUUGGGGUAUCCAGGUACACUUUACUAUUGAAAAGAGGUGAAUAAAUGUGUGCUUAUUCCUUCAUUUUUAGUGUUUUUAACUAUAUAUGCAAGAAAAUAGCAGACUUGAAGACUUUCGUGUUACUGUGGUGUUAUGAGGCAAAAAACAUUUUUUGUUUAUGUUUAGGAAAUUAUUUUGUUGAAUUACUUAGACAUUAACAGUAUUAUCAGAUGUAUUGUGAUUUUUACAUUUUCUUAAUAUUUCAGUAAAUAAAUGGAUAGAGCUCCAA